AUGCCGCGGCCUAAGAGGACGCGACGCGCGCCGCCCGGCGAUGCGAAAGCCCCCGAGCCCCCGAGCGAUACCGAACACCUCAGUGACGAUGCUGGCCGGCCCAGAGGGCGGAAAAGAACGAGGACGACGCGCCACCCCACAUCGCGGCUGAGCCUCGGCGAGCAAGACGCUAUACGCGCUGCCAACCGCACCCGCGACGCCGCUCUGGACAGACUCGCAAACGAGGAUGCGACCACAGCCAGUGGCAAUGCCACCGGUGAUGACACGCGGAGCUUCAUCGAGACGGGUCGACGCGCCAUGGCCACGCCCGCGAUGCGUCGAGACACAACAGGCCUGGACCUGGCAGACGACGAUGUCUUUGGGGAUCUUGAUGACAGCUUCGCAGACGGCGAGAUGCCUCGAGGACGCCGUUCAGGAGAUAGUUCGUCUUUGGCCAUGAGCCACUUCAAGCCCCGGUCGCGCCAGUCGAGCAUCGUCGGACGAAACGACCCUCCCAUCCGCCCGAGCAGCCGAGGCCCUACCACACCUGCCCUGGCCUCUUCCUUCAACAUUGGCCUCUUCAGAAGGCGCGUCAGAGAGCCGUCCAUAUUGGGCACGUCGCGGAAGCCGCGACUCGAGGCUGAGACGACGACGACAAAUGACUCCGACGUGGGAAGCGAAGCCAGCUUCGAGCCCGAAGCCGAAUCAACUCCGCUCAACGGCCGGCGCCCGACACGACGCAGCCCACAGGUGGAGCGGGAGACCUCGCCUGCGCAAUCGAGCUCGAGGAAGCGCAAGAGUGUGGAAGCCAGCGACGACAGUGAUCGACCGGACAAGACCUCCCGACUGGAGCCAGACGCAGGACGCGCCGAGAUCGACAGCGACUCAGAGCUGUCCAUCCUCGCCUCUCCAUCCCCGCCUCCGCCCGGCCUACUCCCGAGACCUGUGACGCCGGUCAUCCAGGAUGAGAUCAACGCGCCGCCAGCCAGUAGUGAUUCCGAGGGGGACGUCGAUGUGUGGCCCGACAUUCACGUUCUCGCGAGGAGGCGCCGGCGGCCGUCGGUCAACUCGCCGCUGCGCGCCGAAAACCUCUCCGAGGUCUCUUCCCCGCCUUCCCUGACGCACUCGCCCAACUACGUGGCAGAGAAAGCCACCAGGCAACGGGGUCGAUCUACGACGCGGCGCCAACAGUCGCCGAAGAUUACCACUGCCGAUCUUACCAACCUGCUUCCCAAGCGCCGCCACAAGCGGAUCCGAAACUCGCUCGGCUUGGAGAGCGACGAGGAGCUUGACACGACGGACCUGGCACAAGACGAGGACGAACUUUCAUAUCUAGACGCGAGAGCAGCGCGGAGGAGAAAGGGCAGCCGUCCGCCUAGCAGAGCCGCGUCUGCCCGACCAGCCUCUCGUGCUCGAGCCAACAGCUCGGUUCUGAAGCCGAAGCAGACGCCUGCGAGUCUGCGGCAAUCAGCUCGAAGCAACAAGACAUAUCGGCGGCGGUCCUCGGACAAGGAGAACGAGAGCGACGGGGAUGAGGAGGGAGAGAGCGCGCUUAUGCCUCUCCCCGACAACACGUUUGACGAGGCGGGCACCGGCGACAGCGAGAGUCCGAGCAACGCAUCGGCAGACGAGCUCAAGCAAGCGGCCCGGAAGUUCAUGGAGGUGGACAAGUGGGAGCUGGAGUUUGAGGAGGUGGUGGAGCCGCCUUCGCCCCAGGACGCGCGGUGA